UUUCACGUUGUUGUUAGUCACGACUGUCUGUCUGUUGCAUCAAACAGCGAACGGCUCGGUUUUGCCUGACCUGAAAUAUGCCACAUUCACACAGGAUCGACAUGUGUCACCAAACUAGAAAUGGCAAUCUUCCCGCAGCCUGACUGAGUUUGCUAGCCAGCCACUUGGCUACCUCCUAGCCCAGGUUAGCUGAGUGCAGUCGGCGCAUCACGAACCAACAAGCAGCUACCGAGAGAAGAUGGCGGAGUACUCGCCUGUCCUGCCGAUGAGGGAUGGUGGAGCGAGGUUUGGUAUCGGACAGCCCAUCUUUCCCCGGUCCAGGUCCGGUUCAGAAUCCGACAGUGAACUGUCACAGAGUCUGGCCCGAACCAAGAUCCGGUCUUACGGGAGUACGGCUAGCGUCGCGGCUUCUCUCGGCGAGAAAUACAUAGAGCAUCGGGUCACAGACAGCGACACUUUGCAGGGCAUAGCCCUCAAAUACGAAGUAACGAUGGAGCAGAUCAAGAGGACUAACAAGAUGUUCAGUAACGACUGUAUCUUCCUGCGUAACACCCUCAACAUCCCUGUGGUCUCAGAGAAGACCUCUCCCUUCAACGGCCUGUCUCUAGAGUCCCCCGACGGAGAUCCCCAGGACCAGGACUAACCCCUUUGUGUGGGGCAGGACAGGGACACUGAGGAGGACCCCUCACCACCUCUGGCCCCUGGAGAUAAGGACAGUAGUAGUUAUAAACGGCCCCAGCCGGAAGAGCUGUCGGCUCAAGACUUCCUGCACAGACUGGACUUGCAGAUUAAACAGUCAAAGCAGGCAGCGCGCAGGCUCAAAGAAGAGGAAGUGAGGUAAGAGUUGGAAUACGCCAAUGUGGUGAUGGCCAGUCACAUGGGUUUCGUCCAAAAUGGCACCUCAGUCCAUAUUUAGUACAUUACUUUUUGAACACGGCAAAUUUAUUGAUUUUGUAUUUAAGCUUUAUUUAACUAGGCAAGUCAGUUAAGAACAGAUUCUUAUUUACAGUGGCGGCCUAACCCGGCCAAACCCUAACACGGACAACGCUGGGCCAAUUGUGCGCCACCCUAUGGGACUCCCAAUCACGGUCGGUUGUGAUACAGCCUAGAAUCGAACCAGGGUCUGUAGUGACGCCUCCAGCACUUAGACCGCUGCGACACUCGGGAGCCUAUAGUGCGCUACUUUUGACCAUAGCCCUAUGUUCGGAAUAGGGUGCCAUUUGAAAUAGUGCCCUAUAUAGGUAAUAGUGUGCAAUGUCAGAUUUGCCCCUGGCACACUCAGGGAACCACAUUGAACUGAACAACUGAGUUGACAACCAUUCACCUUAUCCCUUCUGCAUAUCACAAGACUUGUUCGCCCACUAAGAUAAAACCAAUGAAUCAGCUUGGGGUAGGUAACACAAAUCCUCAAGUCUAACAAAGUGGUAGGAGCGAGCAGCGGUUUUCAGACUAGAAAUUCAGACGAGCAGUCCAUCAGCCAACUCUUGUUUUCGUUCAAAGUUGCUUCGUCCAGGCACAUCACUCAACCCAGCAGUCAAAUCAGCAGACUGCCUGUGAGCGAGACGUCGAAUCAGAAAGCUGCCAAUGCAGGUGACGGAUGCCUGUCGGAUUCUGAGUUCCCACUGGCCAGUGCCCCUCUCUCCUGGCCUGCGAUUGGCUACUCGUCAUAAAUGUUGAGUCAUGCAGACUUCCUGCCAAACUGUGGGUGGUGAGGGGGUGAGAUUGUGUGUGUGUGUGUGUGUGCGUGCGUGCGUGCAUGCGCGUAGGAGGCUGAGACCAGAAGUUGUUGUCACUGCAGAUGCCUUCACCCUGUG